AUGCUGCUGUUCAGCCAACAGGGGAAGCUGGACCUGCAAAAAUGCUACCGGACUAUGUCAGACAAGGAGAGGAAAAAGAUGGUUUGAGAGCUUAUGUAGGUUGUCCUGUCCAGAAAGCCCAAAAUGUGCAACUGCCUGGAGUGGAGAGACCUCAAAGUUGUCUAUAAGAGAUAUGCCAGUUUCUACUUCUGCUGCGCCAUUGAGGGCCAAGAUAAUGAGCUCAUCACACUGGAACUGAUCCGCCGAUAUGUGGCUCUCCUGGACAAAUACUUUGGCAGUGUAUGUGAUCUCGACAUCAUCUUCAACCUUGAGAAAGCCUACUUCAUCUUGGAUGAAUUUCUGAUGGGUGGGGAUAUCCAGGGUACCUCUAAGAAAAGCACCCUAAAGGCCAUAGAACAAGCAUAUCUACUACAGGAGGAAGAAGAUGAGUCACUUUCAGGUGUGCUGGAGGAGACAGAUUUGGCAUAG